GAAAAGAACGAUACUACUAUACUUUCACGGAUUAAUGCCACUUUAUCUCUUAGCAUAUUACAUAUGGUUGUUUCUAGCUCACCUAAAACUGCAUAUGAUGCUUGGAGAAUUAUUGAGGCAUAUUUUCUUGAUAAGACUGCUUCCACGGCUUUUUCUCUAAAAUCUGAAUUGCGGAGCAUCAAGAAAGGCUCAAUGAGCAUGAGUGAUUAUAUGCAAAAGAUCAACACGAUUGGUAAUGCUCUUCAGGCGAUUGGUGAAAUCGAGUCAGACCAUAAUUUGGUCAUGACUGUUCUUCUAGGGCUACCUGAGGAAUAUCGAGGUUUUGUUAGUGCUCUAAACACACACAGAAAUAAGCCAACUUUUGAACAACUUCGUCCACUCUUGAUGCAAGAAGAAACAGAAGUUCAGCGUCGCACUAGUGUGACUACGUCCUCUGCUAUUCCCACUAUUGACAGUGAAGCUCUUUAUGCCAAUUGUGGACGUCGUAAUCGUGGAGGCCGUGGAGGUAGAAAUCGUAGAGGCCGAGGACAACGUAGUAGACACUAUUCUGGUCGUGGAUCUCCUGAAAUCUACCCACAGUCUCAACCCAAUUAUCCUCAACAAUCUUACACUCCAAAUCAACAACCAUAUAUUCCGAAGUCCGGCAUACAAUGUCAGAUAUGUGGAAAGUUCAAUCAUUCUGCUCUUCAGUGCAGACAACGCUUCAAUCAUUCUUUCGCUGCUGAGGAAGUUCCUCAGACUUUUGCUGCUAUGAACCUUCACGAACCCGGUGAGGAAGUCUGGUAUCCGGAUACCGGAACAUCAAAUCAUAUAACCGCAAACUCUGGACAAGGAAACAGGGAAGGAGCUUCUUCGAUGUCCUAGCUCGGGAACAUCACUUUAUCCAAUUUCUUCUAGACUUGCAAGUGUAGGGAAUAAGCAACAACUAGCUCUUAUUGCAUCUAGAUUUAGUGGAGAUGUCUGGCAUAGACGGUUAGGUCAUCCUAGUCUUCCUGUUCUUUCUACAUUUAUUAAAAAUAAUAAAAUUGUUUCUGAUUC